AUGUGGCGAAGAGAGAGAGAGAUUGUUGAAUUUUGGAAGUGUGCGAGAGAGAGAGAGAGAGAGAGAGAACAGCGAUGGCGAGGCGAGGCGAGACUCGGAACGAGUCGUUAUUGACUCGGGUGGUUGGGGCGGUCUUCGCCUUCGUGAGACACGCCGAGUUUGAGAUCCUCUUCUUUCUUUUCUUCUUCGUCGCUUAUCUCGUCUUCAAAGACAUCACGUCAAGGCCUGAAUACAAUCAACUGUUUGUAAAGAAGCCCGGUGGACCAGAGUUUUGGCCUUUUUAGAAGAGUUGAUGCUUGGUCAGUUUGGAUGUCUUCGUCCAUGGAGCCUAGGAUGGAAGUGCUGAGACUGGGAUGGCCCUCCACGAUCUCAAAUGUUGUUUACAGUUUAUUGUGUUUCUUAAUCAUUAUCUUAAAGUAGAUGACAUAUAUGUGCUUUAGGAUGUGUUGAAUAUGUAAUCGAAACCUUUUCACCUGAAGAAAAAUCUUUAGGGAAUGGAAAAGUCUUUAGGUGACAUCUUUAGGGGAUGUUGGUUUUA